CGGCAGGGGCGCGGAGGCUGACACCUAGGGAGAGGUCGCUGUUAGGAACGGCAUUGCUUGCAGUUUGCAGUUUCUUGGCACAUGCAGACGGUGAACGACCUGCGGCGGGCCAGCGGAAGAGACCUUGGCAGACGGGAGGCCGCCAUAGCCCAGGCUUUGAUGGACGUGCACUCCUCGCCAGGUCUAUGGGAUGCGCCGGUCCUGUUGUGGGAUGCCAUCAUGGCGAGUGUGAUGCCGAGGAAGACACCGAGGUGGUGGGUGAAAAGAAGGACAGGUGGCACAUGGAGGGACCUCACCAUCGCCCAUGAUGCAACUGACGAGUAUUGCCAUGACAAGCUGCAGAUGGCGGGGACGGUCUUCAAUGACAUAGUGGCGGCAUGCUGUCCUUUCCUUCAUUGCACGCUAACUCACUAUCGAGAGCCAUUGCAGCCCGACCAUAUAGUGGCGUGCGCAUUGUAUCGGUGGGCGUCUGGAGAGACAUUUGAGAGCAGCACGCCACCGUUCGGCAUAGGGAGGUGUUCAGGUAUCAAGGCCGUCCAAGAUGUGACAACUGCCAUCUUGGCCGCGUAUUUGGAGAAGAUCGCAAUUCCAUCCAGUCGUCGUCUCGUACAGGUCCUUCGAGCUUUCAGCGGGAAAGGUUUCCCGAAUUGCUUCGGCGCCAUUGACUGCACCCACAUUUAUGUGGACAAGCCUGCGAACGCGCCGUCCGAUAACUACUUUGAUCGGAAGCAGCAGUUCUCAGCCGUGGCACAGGCUGUCGUCGACCACGACAUGCGGAUAAUCGACCUCUUCGUCGGUUAUCCUGGGUGCAUCCACGACCAGCGCAUGCUGCAGAACUCUUCACUCAUCAGGCGAGCAGAAUCGGGUGCGAUCUUCAAUGAGGACCCCAUCGUCCUCUCGGGAGGGGUGUGGAUGACGGGGUACCUGCUUGGGGACAACGGUUACGCGCCGCAGACGUGGAUUGUCAUCCCAUACGGGGCACUGUUCGGCAUGCUUCAGAAGAAUACGAGAGGGGUCGUGGAGAGAGUGUUCGGACGACUGAAGGGGAUGUGGAGGUUAUUCCUUCUUCAUCACAAGACGAAUAUGAAUAACCUCCCGCAGCAAUUCGUUGCGAUCUGCAUCAUCCACAACCUCCUGCUCGAGGUCAUGGUCGCAUUCGAUGAGGGUUUGUUGCUAGACCUCGACCGGGAUGGGAACCCCGUCCCCAUCGAUCUGGGUUUGCAGGAUUUGUCGCGGCCCGUCUGCCAGGCAAACACCACGGAGGCUGCCCUCACUCUGCGUGAUGUUCUGCGCAUGCACAUGGGAUAGGGAGUUGUGUUAGCGACGUUAGGGUUCCCGACGGGGCUGCAUUUCGGGACCUUGCGUCGCCCGGGUGCCACGUGUGGCUUGUUUACGGUUUGUCGUCGCUUGUGUAAGGAUCGAUCCUGCCGAUUAAUUAGCGCAUGGGGGGGUGUGGGGUGGAUUUUCUAGCGCAGUGGGAGGAGGGGGUGGGGUGGAGGGGGCGGGGGGGAGUUGCCCGUUGGUAUGGGGCGUAUGCAGAAAUGAAGCGGGGGAAUUGUU